AGACGCAGUUUUGAUGUGCCUUCUCCUUUGUGCUUCAUACAAAAUAAAUCUAGAAGAAAAACACUGGAUAGAGAAGUAUAAUGCUGUUGCUGAAGUUUUUAAAUUCAAGAAGAUUAAGAAGUUGUCCAAUCUAAGCAACUUAAAGAAGUACAAACCAAUACUCAAACAGGAUAGUGUGAAUGUUGAAUUUUCCUGUGAAUUCUUUAGAGACACAUGUUUUCUUAGAUAUGCCAAAGAUAGAGCAUUUGUGAGUAUGUUUCUGGAUUGGGCAGAAAAAGAAAGCAUUUCAAAAUACUGCAGAUCAUCAAAUUAUCUGAGAAAAGAGAUUGAGGAAGAAGUUUGCUGUUGGUUAUUGCCAAAUCAAACAGAGCAGCUGAUAGAAAAACUUGGAGAAGACAUGUUCACACAUACAACGAUGAUGGACCAAUCAAUACAUGAAUUAGUGUAUACCAAGCUCGGCAUACCAGUACAGGUUAUAAUGAGAGGAGAUGAUUCUGUGAGGAAUUUCUUGGACAAUCUGAAGAAGGGAGAGACGACCAUGUACCACGCCUCUGGGAUGAUCAUUGGCUGUGCUGGUAGUGGGAAGUCAACCUUGCUUGAAAGACUGAAAGGCAUCGAACUGAAAGAAAUUCUGGAGAGUUCAAAGUCAACCAGGGGAAUUGAUGUCCAGGCUGACAUAUUUGAUGUAACUGGAAAAACAAUCAAGGUAAAUUCAUCAAGCCAGAAACAACGCUUCAAAGUUAAAAUUGAGGAGUCAAGCGAACAAAAGAGUAUUCAGGACAAACCUGCAGAAUUAUCUGGUGACAUGAAAAGAUUGGACAUUGAAGAGAAAGGAUAUCGGAAGGAUACAGGCAGUAGAACAAGCGAUAAAGAAUCGGUCAGUGAUGAAGAAAUUACACAUAAGAGCUUGAAUACAGAAUCUGAAUCACGUAAAGGAAAUGAAGCUGCUGCCUUUCUGGAAAAAGAGGAGGACGUAGUUGAGGACAGCAGACAAAAUGUUCCUGAGAAAUCAGAAAUAUCAGGAAUUAUACGAGUUUCCAAAGAUGUAUCGGGUGCUCCAGAGAAAAAAAUUACCAUGGUAGACUUUGCGGGACAGUGUUCAUAUUAUGCCUCACAUCAGAUUUUUCUGAGUCCCCGGGCAUUCUUCAUUCUAGUGCUUAAUAUGGAAACGAAAUUACUUGAAAAGGUUGGAAAAGAAGUCUGUAGCCAGGAAGGUUCCAUUUACGAAGGAUGGACACACAAAGACUAUCUAACAUUCUGGACCAAGUCCAUUCAUCAAUACAGCAGUGAAAAGGCUCCUGUUAUACUGGUGGGCACUCAUGCUGAACAAAAGACAAAGGAGGAAAAAGAAAAGUUUUUUCGUGAUAUAUGGACGAGCUUGGAAACAAAUGAUGCUUCUCUGCAAAGGCAUAUUGACAGGAAAAGGAUGUUUGCUGUUGGAUUCCAUGAAAAUGAAUGCAUUGAAAAAAUCAAGCUGUCAGUUGUUGAUGUUGUCCGAAAUCUUGAUCACUGGGGUGAAAAACUUCCGCACUCCUGGGCUAUGUUUGAAAACUUCUUCCAGGAAAAGAAGAACCUUAAAGUAAUCAAUAAAGAGACACUUUUGGCUUUCAAUGAAGCAUUGCCACAGGAACUGAAAUUGGAAACGAUCGAAGAUAUUAACACCAUGCUGCAGUUUUUCCAUGACAUCAGAGAAAUUUUACACUUUAACCAAGAAUCUCUGAGAGGAAUCAUAAUUCUUGAUGUUCAAUGGUUUGCAGAUGCAUUCAAAAAUGUCAUUACCGAUAAAAACCAUGCAGCAGAGGAUUUAUUUGAGCUUGCCUCACAAUGGGACAAAUUUAAUGAAACUGGAGAACUGAGUGACACACUGCUGUCUGCUAUAUGGGAAAUGAACAACAAUGGGUACCUUGAGCACAAGGAUGAAAUCAUGCGCUACAUGGAGAAGCUUGGUCUUCUGGCUAAAAUGGAUGACAAAAGAUGGUAUGUUCCAUGUAUGAACAAAAGACCGUUUCCUGUUCACAGAUUUUCAGCAUACCCUGCCUCCUCCAUCCUCUGUUUUCUGUUUGAUGCUCUUCCGGUGGGUAUUUUCCAGCGCCUUGUAGCAAGAUGCAUGGAAUUCCCUUGGGCUCUUGUCAAAGAAAUUAAAGAUCGGAAAGAACGUCCACUUAUUUACCAGACUGCAGCUGUUUUUCUGUUCGAGGACGAUCAUAACAUUUUGCUUGGAAUGACCCCGACGGAAAUCCAGUUGCAGGUGUUUGUAAGCGAGGGAGACGUGGAUAUAUUGACAUGUUUCCAGAUAAGAGAAAAAAUUGAGGGUGAAUUGUACAUCCUUUCCAGUACAUUCCAACGAAACUUAAAAUUUCACACUGCCUUCAAAUGCAAACCUGAAGGAUUCUGUGAUAACAACAGCAGUGCGGUUAUAUACGAAUUGGACCUCAGAGGGCCGACUUUACAGUGUCCUUCUUGUCCAGAAGGGAAAAAGCAUAUUGUUUGCACAAAAGAUAUCACCAAAUACUGGAUACAGGUGCAGCAGUUAGAGAAUGAAGUUGAGGGGGACAUUUCCAAAUUGUCAAUUGAAAUGAUUUUAAAUGCGGUAUCAAGAAAACUAGUGAACAUCACCUCUCCAAUACUUGCGACGUAUUUUGGUGUCAUGGAACAACCUCCUACAAUGUGUGUGGAAGAGGAUAGAUUCAGAGUUCUCUACAAAUGGAAAUGCGCCAACUCAAACGUGGAUCACAAAAAAGAGUUGGAGAGAAUUUUACGGGAGGCUGAACAAGGAGAAGCCGCAGAUUAUGUUGGCACAUUUCGGGUGUCAGACGUUGUAUGUAGUGACUUAAUGGAACCUACUCGCUAUGUUUCAAACAAAGAAUGUCGGAUGUUGUCCGAGAAGCUUUCUAAAGAGUAUACUCAUUUGGUGCGAUUUUUACGUCUGCCUCACGUACGUAUAGAACAACUUGAAGCCGAUGUACCUACGAUUAGAGAUAGGAUAUAUAAGUCUCUUCUUAAAGUGAGAGAAGAGUGUCCACAUCUGAGCCGCCGUGACUUAUGCAGAGCUUUGAAUUUCGUAGAGCGAAGUGAUGUUAUUGAUUAUCUCAAAGAGCAGUGGAAAUAAAUACUAGAAACCUUGAACAAACAGAAUAAACACGAUGCCUGUUUAUUAUUGUAAUGUUGCAUUCUGUGCAUUGUUAUGAAUUGCAGAUAUGUAGAGCAGUCUUAAAGGGGCUGGGACACGGGUUCAUUGUGUACAUUUCAAAAUUCUAUAAUAAUUGGCAUUUUUCUUUAUACCAUUAUUUUUUUUAAAUGCUAAAAGUACGAAUCGUGUGAUAGUGAACCUUUUAGACAAUAUAACUAAAAUUGUAUGUCCAGGUCCCUGCAAUUGACUUUUUAUAAUUAUAUUAAAAAAAACAUUGUAAUGUACCUUACAUUUGGUAGUAUGCUUGUGCAUGUAUAGAUUGAUGUUUAUCAUAUGUCUUGUUGUCACGUGACUUUAUAACUGCUUAUGUCUUUAUGCUUAAUUCUUUUAAGUUUGAUGAAUGACUGAGCAAACUUUAUUUUUUUAUGUAAUGCACUAGUGAAUUUAGGGAAAUAUUUUAAUUUAAUGAUUCUUAUUGGAAUUUGAUGGAUGGUCCAGAAUCUUCAAAAUUUUAUUAUACCCCCCGCAAACAAAGUUUGGGGGGUAUAUAAAAAUCACCUUGUCCGUCUGUCCAUCUGUCUGUCUGUCCGUCUGUCUAGCUGUCCGUCUGUCCGUCCGUCCGUCUUUGCAAUCGUGUCCGGUCCAUAUCUUUCUUACAGAGGGACAUUAGAAUCUACUACUCCACACUAAGAUUGCUCAUGACCUAAGGGUGUGUCAUGACCUUGACCCAAGGUCAUUCUGGGAAGUUCAAGGUCACUGGAAGAAAAAUUUCAUAAUUCGUGUCCGGUCCAUAUCUUUCUUAUGGAUAAACUUGGUAGGCUCUCAUUUCACACAAAGAUUGCCCAUGACUCAAGGGUGUGUCAUGAUCUUGACCCAAGGUCAUUUGGGGAAGUUCAAAGUCACUGGUGAAAAAACUUCAUAAUUCGUGUCCGGUUCAUAUCUUGCUUAUGGAUAAACUUGGUAAGUUUUUAUUUCACACAAAGAUUGCCCAUGACCCAAGGGUGAGUAAUGACCUUGACCUAAGGUCAUUUGGGAAAGUUCAAGGUCACUGGAAGAAAAAUUUCAUAAUUCAUGUCUGGUCCAUAUCUUUCUUAUGGAUAAACUUGGUAGGUUCUCAUUUCACUGAAAGAAUGCCCAUGACCCAAAGGUGUGUCAUGACCUUGACCCAUUAUUAUAAUUACAAAUGAGUCUUUUAUCUGGCUGUUGGGGUCUGGCUAAAGAGUCGGGCUGCGUAAGUCUUUUACAGAGCCAUUCACGAGCAGAGCAAGCAAGAACCUUUGAAAACAGAGAUGGAUCGGCUGCCAUGAAGAAAUAAGCAUCCACUUUUAACUGAUCAUGAAGCCCCUUAUCUUAUCCUGAUAAAUGAAGAAAUAAGCAUCCACUUUUCACUGAUCAUGAAGCUCCUUAUCUUAUCCUGAUAAAUGAAGAAAUAAGCAUCCACUUUUCACUGAUCAUGAAGCUCCUUAUCUUAUCCUGAUAAAUGAAGAAAUAAGCAUCCACUUUUCACUGAUCAUGAAGCUCCUUAUCUUAUCCUGAUAAAUGAAGAAAUAAGCAUCCACUUUUCACUGAUCAUGAAGCUCCUUAUCUUAUCCUGAUAAAUGAAGAAAUAAGCAUCCACUUUUCACUGAUCAUGAAGCUCCUUAUCUUAUCCUGAUAAAUAGAAAAUACUGCAUUCAAUAUUUAUGCAAAUGUUAUGCCUUAACAAUUUGUUUAAAAGACAUCAACCAUCAUUUGACUUAAUGACUAAAUGUUUCAGCAAACAAAGUCCUUUCAUAUAGAAUAUUAAGAAGUUGACUCUAUAGAAGAUUAUUGACCACAUUACUUUUUGUAUUUCUCCUGGGUUCAGUGAUGAGACCCCAUAUAUAGUAGGACUAAAAUGGUUAUACAUGAAAACGUAGGAUACAGUUUAACUUAUAUUCAUGAGGAAGAGUUCCAGAUGGGGGCUUACAUGGUUGUAGCCUAAAACAGAUGAUACAAAAGUGAAGGAUUUUUAUUUCUGGCUCAAUAUGUGUAUGUAGAUUUAAACAUUAAAAGUUUUUUCUCUACUCAUAUUUUAAAUGUACUGGUAAUAUCGCUGCCUAAAACUCUAAAGAUUCCUGU